UUUCACCGCAAGGGAAAACAAAUUUUUCUACAAAUAUAGGAACGUAUUGCUUGUCUAGAUGAUAUUACUUAAAAAGAAAACCCUUCCCUUCUGUAAAAUUAUAUCCGGUAAUAGCUUCGUGCUGUUUCCUAUUAAACAGCGAGUGAAUAAAAUCAAUCUUAGUAACACCGGUGGCAGUCUAUGGAAAAGCCCGCCAUAAGUUAAAAAUAAUCACCUAAUUCGGCAGGCAGAUUUUUGUAAUAAAUAGCACAAACCCUAUAGAUUCUGGCCUCAUUCCACCAUAUUUGGCAAUAAAAGAAAGAAAAAUGUCUGCAUCUCCAUCAAUUUCUGGAGCACAAACGGAUGAUGAGGAGGAUGGAUAUGCGCCCCUUUUUGACUAUACAGACAUUCAACCAUCCAUACUUACGGAUGACGAUAAUAGCGAUGAAGAAGAUGUUCAGAUUUUUCAGAAACCUCAAGUUUUCAAACCAUAUGGCACUAAGCGGGGCAGAGAAGUCAUUAAAGAAUCCAUGCCAAAUGCAAAUGCCAAUAAUGCCAAUGAAACUGAAGAAGAUUGGUUACCCCCUCCACCUAAAAGCACUAAAGUUGUGCCGAUUUCUGCAGUUGAUGAUUCAAUGUUGGGUGAGUUGAGAUCAAGAAAAGAGCAAUUGAUCUCUUUGACAACUGAGUCAACAGAAGACAUACUGAGGAAACUUGAAGAAUCUGCUAAAUUGGAGCUUCAGAAAGCUGCAAAUUCUCAUUUGCAUGGUGUUGGAAGUGAGGCAUUGGAAUCCUCAACUAUAAGAAAGAAAAUUGUUGUCUCCAUUCAAGAUAAAAAAGGAAGCAAGCCAUUUCGUAUAUAUGUGGAUGACAAACUUGAAAAGCUUUUCAAGGCGUAUGCUGAAUAUGUGAAAGGACGAGUUGAUGAUUUAGUUUUCUGCUUUGAUGGAGGAAAGAUAUCUCCUAGUCAAACAGCACAAGGUCUGGAAAUGGAAGAUGAAGAUAUCAUUGAAGUUUACUCUAGAGUCGGAUGAAGUAAUUCCAGAAGCGUUGGUGUAAUAAUUUUGUUGCUAUUUAUCUGACAUUCUUAGUGUUAUAGUUGCAUAUGUUAAUAGAUGGUGAGUUGAUACUUUCAUAACUGUUCUUGGUAUUUGGGCAUCAUGUUUUUUCACCUAUCGGAUAUGAUUCUUUUUGAUUGCUCAUAAACUAAAUCCCCUUGAAUGAUUAGUUUUGAGAAUGUACAGAGGCUCCUUGUAUUGCGAAGGCAGAGGAAUCCAAUCUGAGGUUAUGUAACAUAUGCUUCUUAAAUUUAUAAAAUGUCUGAUUUCAGGAGAACAAAAGGCAACUUAAGUGGA